CCACAACAAAUCCAACCCCCAAAAUCCCUCUCCGCCAUGGCCAAAACACAAAAAGCCUUCAAGAAGUUUGCUUCUUCCGGCAAACUCAAGGACUCUAUCCGCCAGCGCCGCCAAACGCAGCAAAUCAAGAAAAAGACUGAAGAACGUAAAGCGCACCGAUCAAAGCAGCGUGGCGCCGCCCAUUCCGAGGAUGAAGGCGGAAGCGGGUCUGGGGAUGAAAAUGAAGACGAUGAUGAUGAUGAAGCUCGCAAGAUUGGUCAGCCCGCUGCUGGCGGUAAAGCCGGCGGUGUGGCGAAGAGUGUCGAAGAGCUCUUCGGCGCUGGUGGGUUGGAUGUUGAUGCGGGGGAGGAGUCUGAACUGGAGGACCUUGGCUCCGAGGAUGAAGAGGAUGAUGACGAAGGCGAGGAUGAAGAGGAUGAGCCGCUCGAUGAGGCUGCGAUGAAGAAGGCGAUGAAGGAUUUGGCCAAGAAGGAUCCAGAGUUCUUCAAGUACUUGAAGGAUAACGACGAAGAUUUGCUCGAGUUUGGGGACAAGGGCAAGGAAAGGGAGGAGGACGAGGACGAAGACGAAGACGAAGAAAUGGACAGUGAUGAGGAGAUGGACGAAGACGAGGAUGAAGCGCCCGCGGAGAGGAAGAAGAUUAGUGUCACGAUGAAGAUGCUUCGUCUGUGGCAGGAGGGUAUGCUCAAGCAACACUCUGUGAGGUCUUUACGCAAGACACUCAUUGCCUUCCGCGCUGCCGCCCACAUGAACGAAGAAGACGGCGACCAAGGCUCCGGUCUCGACACCAAAUACACUGUCGACAGUGCCGCCGUCUUCAACAAACUUGUCCUCACCGCUCUCAAAUUCACCCCCGUCGUCGUCUCUCACCACUUCCCCUACAAGACCCUCCCCACCGGGCGAGUCAAGCUCCAGCCGCCCAAAAAGGCCAACCAGGCGUUGAACCGUUUGGUCUUGUCCCACUUUACGACGCUCUUGCAUUUGAUCAAGUCUUUGCCUACCACUCCCUCAAGUGUGGCUACGAAAGAGCAGGAAGGCGCGAGCGGCUUGCUCUUGACAGCUGUGGGGGAGAGCACCAAGCUCAUCCCUUGGAUCUUGAGCGCAAGGAAGCAUUUGAGGGCGUACUUGAAGGUCUUGCUGGACCUUUGGAGUUCAGCGGGCGACGACGUGAGAAUAGCGUCUUUCUUGGCUGUGCGAAAGCUGUUUGUGCAGGGUGACGAUGCCGUCAAGGAUCUUUGCUUGAGAAAUAUCUACCGCGCGCUCUUGCCUCCUUUGCGAAACGUCACCCCCCACACUCUCCCCGCUAUCAACCUCAUGAAGAACACUGCGUCCGAGCUCUACCAGCUCGCCCCCUCUCUCUCCUACCAACACGCUUUCGGUUUUAUCCGUAUGCUUGCUGUGCACUUGCGUAACGUUGUACGAUCGAGUACGUCCGGUAAAGCGGGGGACAACCAGCAAGCUUUCAAGGCGGUGUACAACUGGCAGUAUGUGCACUGUAUCGACUUUUGGAGUCAGGCGCUCGCUGGGGCGGGCAGCUUGGAGAAUCAAAAGGCGAAUGCGGGGUUGGAAAGCCCCCUCAAGCCUUUGAUCUAUCCCCUUGUCCAAAUCGCUCUUGGAGCCGUAAGGUAAGAACCCCAACUCUAAAGUCUGAAUGUGUCUAACAUUGAAUAGACUCCUGCCGUCAUCGCGAUACUUUCCCCUUCGAUUCCACGUCCUUCAUUCUCUCCUCCGCCUCAUCUCCCGCACGGGCACCUACAUUCCCCUCGCGCCCUUCCUCCUCGAAAUCCUCGACUCUACCGAGUUCCGCCGCUCCAACCCCAAGAAGGGCACCCUCAAACCGCUCGACUUUGAAUAUGUUAUUCGCGCGCCGGCGGCUUAUCCCAAGACGCGGGUCUUCCAGGAAGGCCUCGGUGAAGAGUUGGUGUUCUUGUUGGGCGAGUACCACGCUGCCAUUUCGACGCAGAUCGCUUUCCCCGAGAUUGUGCUCCCAGUGAUCAUCACUAUCAAAAAGCAGAUCAAAAAGGGGUCCGCCGGUUCUCCCAAAGUCCAAUCACAACUCAAAGUGCUCCUGGACAAGCUCGAAGCCACCCGCACAUUCAUCGAGACCAAGAGGCGCAACGUGUCGUUUGCGCCCAGAGAUAGGGGCGAGAUGGAUAGGUUUUUGGAGGGACAAGGCCCGGAGGUGACACCUGUGGGCAACUGGAUGAGGUUGCAGAGGAAGGUGAGGGAUCAGAAGAGGCAGGAGGUUGAGAAGGCGCUCAGGGAGGAGCGGGAGGAGAGUGAAGAGUAAGGCUGUGGAUAGGAUGUGGCAUUUUCUUUCAAGGUCUAGGUCCACCUGGUAUGCAUGUAAAUGUACGGAUUA